AUGAGUACGAGAAAGUAUAACUUAUGCAGCUUGCCCGCUUCGAAGGAAUCGGCGGUUUCAUGGGCCAGGGAGAAGGGACUUCUUCGUACUACAAAGAAUUGUAGUACCCAUCGACGGCCCAUGAGGCUUUAUGCAGGCGGGGAACACGGACUUGGCCGUUUCCGAUGCCCUGCUGGCCGCGGUAACUGCAAGCAGUACGCGGCCACAGUCGAUUCCUUCUUUCAGGAUGUCCGUCUGCCGUUGCAUAAGGCAAUAAAGCUUAUGUAUUGCUUCACAUCUGACUUCUCCUACGAGGUUACCGCAACGGAGGUAUCCGACGUAGGAGAAGAUCAGGAAGUUUUAUCAACGGACACGAUUGCAGCGUGGUUCCGCUAUUGUCGGGAGAUGAUAGUGGACCACGUUUGCAAAAUGCAAGCGGGCAAGCCGAAAUUAGGCGGGAUCGAUGAAGGAGGUUCUGCAAUCGUUGUACAGAUCGAUGAGGGCAAAUUCGGCAAGCGCAAGUACAACCGUGGCCGUAUCAUCGACGGCCACUGGCGGCAAACUUGA